AAAGUUAGAGGUAAUAAGAAAGAUUGAAAAUUGUUAAUUAAGAAAGAAGGCAAAAUAUGAACGAUGAUGACAGGCAAGAUUUUCGAUUAGCUAGAAUAAGAAAACAGGCCAGAAGAGAAAAUAUGAUUGAAGAGAAUAAGGCAAGUUUUUGGUUUGCCAGAUUCUGGUAUAAUGACCCUCCUGCGAAUAGAACAAACAAAAUUACCAAGAGACUAAUCAAAUGACUUUUGGAGGAAACGAUUGGAUAUUAUUACGGAAUGGGGAGGUAUUAGCGAUUGACACUGUACCACGAAAAUAUUUGUGGAGUACCCACGGUCAUUUCAAGUUCGACUUAAAAUAAAAAAUAUAUAACAAGAAAUCUAACUCUGUGCCAGGUUGAAGUCAUUAAGAGUUACGUCCCAUUUCACAGCAGAAAAUGGCGCCAACGUCUCUCCGGCUUUUCAAACUGUUUCCCUCUGUUGGGACCUUUAACCCGUUUCAUGUCCGAUACUGCUCAGAAUCCUGGCUGGGCCUUACUGUACAAUGAUUCUGGCUGAUAUGGGAGCAGAAGUCAUUAAAGUUGAGAGACCAGGUUGUGGAGAUGACACAAGGACAUGGGGUCCACCAUUCCGAAGUUCAGAGAGUACCUACUUCCUCUCAGUCAACCGGAAUAAAAAGAGUAUUGCUGUUGAUAUAAAGACACCUGAAGGCAAAGAUUUAAUCAGAAAGCUUGCCCAGACCAGUGAUGUGUUGGUAGAGAAUUACUUGCCCGGGAAACUAACUGAAAUGGGUCUUGGUUAUUCAGAAAUGGCUAAGAUUGCCCCACACCUGAUAUAUUGUUCCAUUACAGGUUAUGGUCAAUCUGGUCCAUAUGCCAAGCGACCUGGUUAUGAUAUUAUCGUGGCUGGAAUUGGUGGUUUAAUAAAUGCCACGGGACCAAAGGAUGGUGAACCCUGUAAAGUUGGUGUGGCUAUGACAGAUUUAGCAACUGGACUCUAUGCGCAUGGUGCCAUUUUAGCUGCUCUUCUCACCCGACAGAAAACAGGAGUAGGACAAUUUAUUGAUUGCAACUUACUCUCCACCCAGGUGGCCUCACUAGUCAACCUUGCUUCCAACUAUCUGAAUGCUGACCUAGACGCCACCCGAUAUGGGACAGCUCAUCAGAGUAUUGUACCUUAUCAAGCAUUUUCAACAUCUGAUGGUUAUUUACUGGUCGGGGCUAACAAUGACAAUCAGUUUAAGGUCCUGUGUAAGGUUCUACAAGCUGAAGAUCUGGCCCAAGAUGACAGAUUCAAAAGCAACCAGAAAAGAGUCCUUAAUCGAGAUGUUCUUAUCAAAAGACUUUCAGGAAUUUUUGGUGAGAAAACAACUGAUUUUUGGUUGGAGAAGAUGGAAGGAUGUAAUUUUUCUUAUGGUCCAAUAAAUAAUCUGAAGCAAGUGUUUAAUGACCAGCAGGUGAAGGCUUGUGGAUUAAUUCAGGAAAUUGACCAUCCAACUAUUGGGAAAGUUCGUUUGCCUGCCCCAGCAGUGGAGUACAAUUGUGAAGAAAACCAGGUUGACCCGCCGACAGCACCCCCUCUUCUAGGACAACAUACAAGAGAAAUCCUGAAAGAUAUUUUAGAUUUAAGCCAUGAAGAUAUCAAGAGUUUAUUAUCCAAAGGGAUUGUGGAAUGUGCUACAUUGUCAGAUAAUAAUUAACAUUUAGAGAUUAAGCUAAAUACAGGUUGUAUGGGGGUGGUUGGUAGGUGGGGGUAGAGCUGGUUAACAAGGUUUAGAAUCUUGUUUUACCUGCGUGGAGAGGUAUUGAUUGACAUCUUUGAAUAUAGAACUGUGAUAUCAUCCAUUCUUGUAACCUUGUCGUCUACAGAUAUAGAUCUAUCCCCUUUGCUUAGAUCUUUCGAUAAUCCCAGAUCAUUUGGGGUUUGUAAAUAAGAUUUAUAUAUUUACCAUAAUAUGAUUCCAAUUUCUUACCUAAAUAUUGCAGCUUUAACAAAAUCUGACGUUUUCUUUGAUUUUUGCCUCAAUUUCUGUUGUUUAUUCUUCAACUUUCUUUCCAUUAUUAAAAGCAACUUUUGUAGAUCAGAAAGAAACAAUGUUAUAAAA